GCGUAUGAGGGAGCCGGGGCCGAUAACCAGGGGUGGUGGAAAAAGCGCUGUUGCGUUUUACAUGCAUUUGGCAGGUGUCUUAUUCACUGGGCUCAAUGGGGUUAUUCCAUGGGAAAUGAGGUGUGAGUGCACCGUGUACGAUGAAGUGUGAGAAAUAUUAUGCAUCUUGCUUGUGGUUAGUUGGGAGGAGAUUUCUUGGGGGGGGGGGGGGGCAGAGUCUGGCGUGGCUGGGAAACCAGUGCCCGAGAUGUCUAGGAGCAAGGGAAGCGUUGUGGAGAACAAGGGGAGGGUGGCGGUUCGUGGAAGGAAGUCAUUUUUACGUGACUACGACAAUAUCUACCGGCAGAAGAGACGAGCUUGGGUUUGCUUGGAGCGGCCAGCGCAGCAGGCGCCUGUUUUGCGAAAGCACCAGACGGGCUGCCAGCACGCGAACCACUUCUGGAACGGACCAUCUCGAGGCUCUGCCAAAACUGACCCUAUUUACUCCAGACAAGCAUUGUUGAGGAUAUGAGACCCAGUUCCUGGCCUGCAUUGAAGGAUCCCCGGGAUUCUGACAUGCUAAAGGACCAGGACAGGUUUCAAUACCUCACAUCAAAGCCAGCCGCGACGAGAAGAGCGUCUCCCUCACCGAGAGCCGCCUUCGAGAUCCGAGCUGGCCUACACAAGGAGAAUACAUCCUAAUUUAAGUAAACAAAAACCAAAACUUUACAAACUUUUCAAACC